AUGGCCGCAGAAGCGCUUUCCCAAGGAGGUGGAAGCCGCGAUGGUAGCGCCCCAGCAGCGCAAGCCAACGCCCAACCGAGGUCCAUGUCUGAGCGCGCCAAGCUGCUGAGGAUACCAAAGCCAGAGCCAGGGCUCAGGUGCCCGCGCUGUGACUCCACCAGCACCAAGUUUUGCUACUUCAACAACUACUCCUUCGCGCAACCGCGCCACUUCUGCCGUAACUGCCAUCGCUACUGGACACGCGGCGGCGCCCUCCGCGACAUCCCUGUCGGCGCUCCGUACAGACGCCGCCGAGCCAAGGGCAGCAAGCCCAGUGCUGCAGCCACUGCUGCAUCGGCAUCAUCAGCAGCACUGUUGAUGACUUCGUCGUGCACCACAAAUGUCAUCCUGCUCGCGCUCACUCCACAACAAGCUACGGCGAGCAGCAGCGCGUCGCCGCUCCUGCCACAGUUGUAUGGGCUCGCCAGCAUGGAGACCCCGAAUGUUGGCUCGAAAUUUUCAUGGCCCAGGGCUGCUAAUCUGUUGGUGGACUCGGCCAGUGGGAGGGCUGUAUCGGAGUCGAAGAUGGACAGCUGUGGGGAACGCUAUCGCAGUCUUCGCAGAUCCACAGGCUCCCAGUAUUCUCGCACGCUAUUGAUCAGCAGCAGGGGCUGCCAGUUGCUGUGCCGGUGA